AUGCUCCCCCCAAUCUCCCCCGAAACCCUCUCGGCAAACCCCCUCUUUUCCGCCCUCCACGCAGACCUAACAACCAACCACCUAAACCCGGACGCCAGCACCCGCCAUCCACCCCCACCACCCUCACACCAUCCACAAUCCUCCACCUCCUCAACCCUGGACCAAUCCCUCCGCACCUACAGGGCCGAGCUAGCAAAGCAGCACCUGCUCCAAAACUCCCUAAAGCACACUACCCUCCGCUCCCGACAACUACCGGAAGACCUCUCCGAGGCACUCGACCUCCUCACCUCCACCAACACCAAUAAUGAGAGCACGAGCGCAGGCAUGCCAGAAGCCCUAGGUGUCUUCCACGAGAACAUCCAGCCCAUCGCGCACGAGAUUUCACUAUUCCUGGACCGGUCCGCUAAAGACCUAAUCUCGCUUCUCCAGCCCGACCUGGAUACGGAAAUUGGUGGAGAGGGGGGAAUGGCGAUAGCGAUAGACCACCUCCCAGCCAACGCCGCCCGUCUGCGCACCCAGAUAUUCGCCAACCACCAAUCGCUCGUCGCGCAGCGGGGCCGACUGGGCAGGUCAAUCCUCGAGGCGGCAGAUGGCUACGCCGCCUUCUCGUUGCGUGCCCUCUCACAUUCCGCUUCCGAUGGGGGCGCGUGCGGGGCGCUGCGGAAGGGGACUUUGUCGAAGGCGAUGUAUCUAGCGUUGCUCGCCGAGAGCAUGCGUGGGAAGGUUGGGGUAGUGCAGUUCGAUGCGCUGGGUGAGGUGUACGAUGAGGAGGCUGUUGGCGCGCUGGAGAAUUACAGGGCGCACCUGACGGACACCAAUUUACGGCUCGUAGCCAGGAAGAGGGUCGCCGAGGGGGAGCUGGAGAGGUAC